CUAAGGACCAGGCAGCCGGAAGUGGGUCGUGCGCCGGCGUACUCGGAGGGCGGGGCGGCGCGAGCAUGGCGGAUGCGGACCCGGAGUCGGAGCAGAUCCGCCUGAAGUGUAUCCGUAAGGAGGGCUUCUUCACGGUGCCUCCGGAACACAGGCUGGGACGAUGCCGGAGCGUGAAGGAGUUUGAGAAGCUGAACCGAAUUGGCGAGGGCACCUAUGGCAUUGUGUAUCGGGCCCGGGACACCCAGACAGACGAGAUUGUUGCCCUGAAGAAGGUGCGGAUGGACAAGGAGAAGGAUGGCAUCCCCAUCAGCAGCCUGAGGGAGAUCACGCUGCUUCUGCGCCUGCGCCACCCGAACAUCGUGGAGCUAAAGGAGGUGGUGGUGGGGAACCACCUAGAGAGCAUCUUCCUGGUGAUGGGUUACUGUGAGCAGGACCUGGCCAGCCUCCUGGAAAACAUGCCCACACCCUUCUCUGAGGCCCAGGUCAAAUGCAUCGUGCUACAGGUGCUCCGGGGCCUGCAGUACCUGCAUAGGAACUUCAUCAUCCACAGGGACCUGAAGGUCUCCAAUCUACUCAUGACUGACAAGGGCUGUGUGAAGACAGCGGAUUUUGGCCUGGCCCGGGCUUAUGGCAUCCCAGUGAAGCCAAUGACCCCUAAGGUGGUCACCCUCUGGUACCGUGCCCCCGAGCUGCUGCUGGGCACCACGACCCAGACCACCAGCAUCGACAUGUGGGCCGUGGGCUGCAUCCUGGCUGAGCUGUUGGCCCACAAGCCCCUCCUCCCUGGCGCGUCGGAGAUCCACCAGGUUGACCUGAUCGUGCAGCUGCUGGGGACGCCCAGUGAGAACAUCUGGCCGGGCUUUUCCAAGCUGCCGCUGGUGGGCCAGUACAGCUUGAGGAAGCAGCCCUACAACAACCUGAAGCACAAGUUCCCGUGGCUCUCGGAGGCCGGGCUGCGCCUGCUCAACUUCCUCUUCAUGUACGAUCCCAGGAAAAGGGCGACAGCAGGGGACUGCCUGGAGAGCUCCUACUUCAAGGAAAAGCCCCUGCCCUGUGAGCCAGAACUCAUGCCCACUUUCCCCCACCACCGCAAUAAGCGGGCUGCGCCGGGCACAGCAGAAGGCCAGAGCAAGCGCUGCAAGCCCUGAUGGUGGCCACACGCAACUCUGGAUGACUCCGAACAGAGGGCACCCUGCUCAGCACCUGGCGGAGUGUGGACUGCAAGGGACCAGGGGCCUUGGGAUGUCCUCCAUUGGCGCUAUGGAACCGCCGUGCCUGGAACGCAGCGGCACAGAACCUAGGGAGAAUGCUGGCACAGGCCUGGAUCAGUGUGAUCUUCUGGGGUCACGUGGGCACACACAGGCUCUGAUGACCCCAGGCAGGCCUGGCUGGACUCCAAGUGGGAAAGAGGGACCCAUGCAGUGUAGGGACAGUGGCAGGGGAUACCCUGAGACUUGAGGGAGAAGCAGUGGGCACCUACCCAGUGAA